UUAAUUAUGGCAACUACUACAAUUAAGGAUGAAAAUUCUGUUAUUUCUUCUUCAGAAAAUCCUCACCAGUUAAAUGGUGAUUUAACAGAAACUCCAACACAGCAAAUAAAAACAACAACUACUGAAGAAUCAAAAGAAGAAAUUGUCUUUCAAAAAAAUAAUUUACUUCAAAAACUUCGUGAUUUAUUUAAAAAUGAAGAAAUUUUGGGACAAAAGGAACAUAUUGAUGCUUAUAUUUUGCCUAGAACGGAUGCACAUAAUAAUGAAUAUAUUAAUGAAAGGGAUCAACGUGUAAAAUUUAUUAGCGGAUUUUCUGGUUCUAAUGCAUGGGUUAUUGUUACAAAGGAAAAUGCACUUUUAUGGACUGAUGGACGUUAUUAUAUUCAGGCAAAAUCAGAACUUUACGAAGGAUGGACAUUAAUGAAAUUGACUGGGCCAGAUUCUAUUAUGCCUAGUGAUUGGAUUAUCCAAAAUUUAGAAAAUGGUUCUAAAAUUGGUUUUGACCCAAAAUUAUUUAAUUUUGAAAGAGCAAAAAAUUUUAACAAAAAAUUAAAAAAUUAUGGAAUUAUUUGUACUCCAAUCAUUAAAAAUUUGGUUGAUAUUUUAUGGAUAGACAGACCAACAGAAUUGUUACAAAAAUUAUUUAUCCUUCCAAUUGAAGAAUGCGGCGAAGAAAUUAAUUCAAAAUUGGGUAGAAUAAGGGAAGAAAUGAAAAAACAGAAAUGUGAUUCUCUUCUGCUGAGUUGGUUAUUCAAUUUGCGUGGAUCGGACAUUCCUUAUGUUCCUGUUUUUUAUUCAUAUGCAAUUAUUAUGGAAAUUAAUAAGAUUUGGCUUUCAAAAUCUAUAAAUUAUGAAAUUGGUUAUUUUUUUGAUAAAAAAUAUUAUUAUCUGGCUGAUUCUCCAGUUAGCAAAAUGAGAACAAUUAAAAAUUUGGUUGAAUUGAAUGGAAUGAGAAAUAGCCAUAUUAGAGAUUCUGCUGCUCUUAUUAAAUUUUUGUAUUGGAUAAAUAAUGAAAUUUCAUUGGGUCAUUUGGUUGAUGAAAUUAGGGCAGCACGUCAAAUUAAUUAUUAUAGAGAACAAUUGGAUAAAUUUGUAUCGCUUAGUUUUGAGACAAUCUCUGCUGUAGAUGAAAAUGCAGCAUUGCCACAUUAUCAUGUUAACGAGAAUAAUGAUAAAAAAUUUAUCAAAAAUGAAAGUGUUUAUUUAUUUGAUUCUGGUGGUCAAUAUUAUGAUGGAACAACAGACGUAACAAGAACAAUAUGUUUUUCAAAAAAUCCAACUCAACAUUUUUGUCAAAUGUUUACCCUCGUUUUACGUUCACACAUAGAUUGUGCUUCUACUAAAUUUCCGUCAGAAACGUCUCCAGCUGUGUUUGAUGGAAUUACAAGAUUACCGCUUUGGUCUAAUGGAUAUAAUUUUGGUCAUAAUGUUGGGCAUGGAGUUGGACAUUUUUUAAAUGUACAUGAAAUUCCACCAUGUUUAGGAUCCACAGAGAAAUUUGGUCUUAAAAAGGGAAAUGUUGUUACAAUUGAGCCUGGUUAUUAUGAAGAAAACAAUUUUGGAAUUCGUAUUGAAAAUUGUUAUGAAAUUGUUGAAGCUAAAAAUUUACAAUCUGGUUCUAAAAAUUUUUUGGAAUUUGAAGUACUUACUUUUGUGCCUAUACAGAAAAAUCUAAUUGUUCGAGAAUUGCUGGCACAAAAACAUAUUGAUUGGUUAAAUAAUUAUCACAAUAAAUGCUUCAGUGUUGUUGGACGUUUUCUACAAGAGAAAGGAAUGCAGGAAGAAUAUAAUUUCUUGGCAGAAGCAUGUACUCCAUAUUAA